AUGAUCGACUAUUACUACAGACCUAGUUCUGGAGAGCCGAGCCAGAGUGUAUUAAGUCACACUUUUCAAAUUUUAGAGACAGUCCUGGCUGCGUUUGUCGCGUCAGCCAUUGCUGGAAGUUACGAGGACAGGGGAUACUACCAGUAUAGGGGCCCGCCAGCGCCACUAUCGAGCGAUGGCAUGGUGAUGGACACCCCGGAAGUGGCCCACGCGAGGGCUGCCCACCUGGCGAUGCACGCAGAGGCAAUGGCCAGAUUGAGGAAGGCCCAGAACGACUACGAAAUGUACGAGAACAACGACAUGACGAUGAUGAUGCCCAGGAUGAUGGAGGAGCCCAUGACCCCCAAACGUCAGCGUCAAAGGACCUCCUUCGCGCCACUGGAUCGCGAUGGCCGAGUGAUGGACACACCUGAAGUGACAGAAGCGAAGAAUGCCCAUUUAGCCGCCCAUGCCCGUGCAACGUCAAAAGCGUCCGAAUUUUAUGAAUUCGACGUGUACGAUGGUAGAAAGAAUGUGAUCUAUUUGACGCCGUUGCGAGUCACUUAUAAACACGCGCCGUCGAUCGGUUACCGGGGUCCGUUCGCCCCACUGGGCCCUGAUGGGCGCGUCGUCGACACGCCAGAAGUGGCGAGGGCGCGCGAGUCGCACAUGAAGGCCCAUGCACGCGCUCUCGGAAUGUCCACGCACAAUAAUCUUUACUACUGA